GCCGCAGCUUGUUCCAGCUGUGGAAAAUGUGACUGCAGUGGAGUAAAGGGGGACAAAGGUGAAAGAGGUUUACCAGGUUUACAAGGUUUGGUUGGGUUCCCUGGAGUACAAGGACCAGAAGGACCUCCAGGGGCUUCAGGACUGAAGGGUGACGCAGGAGAACCGGGGCUGCCAGGGACGAAAGGAACCAGAGGGCCACCUGGUCCGGCGGGCUAUCCGGGAAACCCUGGCCUUCCUGGAAUCCCUGGAGGAGACGGACCACCUGGUUCUCCUGGUAUCCCAGGAUGCAACGGGACAAAGGGUGAAAGAGGUCCUUUGGGUCCCUCCGGUUUACCUGGACUACCUGGAAAACUAGGACCUCCAGGAAUUCCAGGAAUAAAGGGAGACCCAGGAGAAAUUAUCGGGCAAUUACCCGGUGGUAUACUAAGAGGCGACAAAGGAUUUCAAGGCCAACCUGGAAUACCAGGAGUAGCUGGACCCCCAGGACUUCAAGGCCCUGUUGGACCAUCUGGACCCCAAGGAAGACCAGGUCCUCCAGGGCCACCUGGCUCACCAGGGGAGAAGGGCCAUAUGGGCUUAAGUUUCCAAGGACCAAAAGGCGAAAAGGGUGAACGAGGAGUUACGGGCCCUCCAGGACCCCAAGGAGGUACCCCACAGCAGCAAGAAAAAGGGACCAUAGCCAUACAAGGAGAGAAAGGUGAUUCUGGUGAAAAGGGAGAUCCUGGCUUUCCAGGAUCACCAGGCUUAAGUAUCAAAGGAGAGAAAGGUGAACCUGGGAAACCAGGUCCAAGGGGAAGACCUGGGAAAGAUGGAGAGGACGGAGGAAAGGGAAAUACUGGACUAAGUGGCCCUCCAGGAUUCCCAGGAUUGCCUGGUACACAUGGCUCUAAGGGAGAUAAGGGUAUAAUUGGUCCUCCGGGCCCUCCAGGAAUUGUUAUUGGUCCAGAUGAAGUGGAGCUGUUUGGGGAAAAGGGAGAGCCAGGCCCUCCAGGCCCUCCAGGAACAAAAGGGGAGCAAGGUUACAAAGGCUUUUCAGGGGUCCCAGGACCUCCUGGUGCUCCAGGACAACCAAGCCCUGGGGUCAGAGGGGCUCCUGGAUUUCCUGGUGAUAGAGGAGAAAAGGGGGACCCGGGCCCUCCUGGGCUUCCUCUGUUUGGACCGAAAGGAAGAGACGGGUUCCAAGGCCCUCCUGGCUUACCAGGGCCUCCUGGCCCCCCUGGCAUCGUAGAUGAAAUUCUUGGAUGUCAACCUGGCCCCUCUGGUGACCCUGGUCCUCAGGGCCCUCCUGGCCAGCACGGUUUCUCGGGAGAAAGGGGAGAGAAAGGUGAAAGAGGUGACAGUUGUAUAUCCUGUGAUGUGCCAAUCCUGCCUGGGCCACCAGGUCCCCAGGGACUCCCAGGGGAACCAGGCUUUCCAGGCCCCUCAGGUGGUAAAGGGGACAGGGGCUCUCCUGGGUACGAUGGCCUUCCUGGAGUGCAAGGUCCUGCUGGUGCACCUGGAUUAACUGGAAACCCAGGAGCUAAAGGAGAACCCGGAGACGUUUUCUUUGACUCUGAUUUAAAGGGUGACAAAGGAAGCCCUGGUUUCCCUGGGCCUCCAGGCAUUUCUGGCCGAGAUGGAAGGCCCGGGCGGGACGGCGUUCCAGGUUCUCCGGGCCCUAAAGGUGCCUCGGGAACACUUGGCUUAAAAGGCGACCGUGGCGCUCCAGGAAUAAGUGGGUUUCCGGGACCCCGUGGAGAAAGGGGCUUCCCUGGUAGUCCCGGAGUGGGGCUUCCAGGACCACCUGGCGGUAAAGGGGAAAAAGGUCUUUCUGGGAUCCCUGGCACAUCUGGACUUCCAGGGCCUAAAGGUGAAGCUGGGCAGGCUGUUUUCUUGCACGGUCCUCCAGGGCCAGGCGGAGUCCCCGGGUCUCCUGGACAACCAGGCAUCCAAGGUGACAAGGGAGACGGAGGGAUCCCAGGAAGACCUGGCCUGCCAGGUGAAAAAGGAGCAAGAGGCCCAUCAGGAGUAGGAUUUCCAGGUGCUCCAGGGCCUCCAGGUUUCCCGGGUCAGCCAGGCCCACCUGGUCUAGCUGGGGAGAAGGGCGAUAUUGGUUCCAGUGGGUUACCUGGUGCACCGGGCUUGCAAGGCCCCAAAGGUGACGCUGGAGUAGGUCUCCCAGGUCAGAAAGGAUUUCCUGGCCCAAAGGGACGAGAUGGACUUCCUGGACCAAAAGGAGAUCGAGGGCUACCUGGUUUAUAUGGAGAAAAAGGAUUCCCAGGUGUGCCUGGGCAGCCAGGUUCCCAAGGUGACCCCGGUCCUUCUGGAUUACCAGGUCUACAGGGAUCUCCUGGUGUGCCAGGAAUAGGUCCCCCUGGCCCUCCAGGUCCAGCAGGGCAAACCGGACCUUCAGGACCAAUCGGAUCUCCAGGAAUAAAAGGAGAGAAGGGCUACCUCGGUGUCCCUGGGCGAGAUAUGCCAGGGCCACGAGGAGAUAAAGGUAGCCAGGGAACACCUGGCCUGCCCGGUUUGCAAGGACUGCCUGGUACACGUGGCCCACAAGGACAGGAAGGGAAGCCAGGUUUCCCAGGAAUCAAAGGAGAAAUGGGAGUUAUGGGAACCCCUGGAACCCAGGGUCCUUCUGGCCCUAUAGGAUCUCCUGGACAUCCUGGUGAAAAAGGUGAAUCCGGUUUUCCGGGAGUGCCUGGACCCAGAGGCGGCCCUGGUUUCAAGGGUGAAAAAGGCGAAAGCGGUCUGCCGGGAGAGCCAGGGAAAAUGGAUCAUGUCGACAUGGAGAGCAUGAAAGGGCAAAAGGGAGAACAAGGAGAAAAAGGUCUUCAAGGAGCAAUCGGAGAGAAGGGGACUCAAGGAGAUCCUGGCACAACAGGCGUGCCAGGGAAGGAUGGCGAUCCUGGUUUACCUGGCCAACCAGGGUCCAAAGGGGACCCAGGCUCUCCAGGGUACCCCGGCGAAUCAGGAUCUCCCGGGCUGAAGGGAGCAAUGGGAGAAAUGGGCCUGCCAGGGCACUCGGGAGAAAAAGGCGUGCAGGGGCUUCCUGGUGAUCCAGGCAUACCAGGGUUUCCAGGACAGAAAGGCAUAAAAGGGGAGAAAGGACUGGCCGGACUUCCUGGAAUCGGCAUCCCUGGGGCUCCUGGCGAAAAGGGAGAACAAGGAAGGUCAGGUGUUCCAGGCCUGCCUGGGGAGAGAGGUGAAAAGGGUAUUGUCGGACUUCCAGGUAUUCCUGGUUUUCCAGGUUCCAAAGGGCAGCCGGGUCUUACAGGUGUUCCAGGUAUUCCAGGAUCACCAGGAGAAAGGGGUGAAAAGGGAUUACCCGGCUUGGCUGGUUUUCCUGGCUUAAAAGGACAAGCAGGCGAACCUGGGCGCCAGGGACUUUCUGGUAGCCCUGGAGAAAAAGGACAGCCCGGCUACGAUGGAAUCCCAGGCACCCCUGGGGCAAAGGGGGACCCAGGCCUUCCAGGCAGAGGACUUCCUGGUCUCCCAGGUGAAAAAGGAGAGAAAGGUAUAAAAGGAGACCUGGGCUUCCCAGGAGCCCCAGGAAGUCCAGGGAUCCCUGGCGCAAAAGGGGAUCCGGGAUUUGUGGGUCCGCAGGGUCCCCAAGGCCAGCCGGGCAUUCCUGGAUUACCGGGCAGAGUCACAGAAGGACCCAAGGGAGACCGGGGGGCUCAAGGUCGACCAGGGAUUCAAGGGCAACCUGGACCACUAGGAUCUCCAGGAGUUCCUGGACUGUCAGGGGCGAAAGGAGAAAAAGGAAGUCCAGGUUGGCCAGGGCCACCUGGAAGGGUCGGAACCAAAGGUGACCCAGGACCUCACGGACUCCCUGGAAAUGCUGGCUUUCCUGGAGCUGGUGGUUCAAAAGGUGACAUGGGACCCCCUGGAAUUCCAGGCCCUCAAGGUCCACAAGGUUCUCCAGGCUUCGUUGGACUGAAAGGUGAACAAGGAGAUCAAGGGACACCUGGUGCUAAAGGUUUUCCAGGCCCACCAGGCCCUCCAGGCCCUGCUCAGCUUCUGAAAGGAGAACCAGGUUCACCGGGUCCUCAAGGCCCAACUGGGCCCAAAGGAUUUACUGGUCUUCCAGGCCCAAAAGGGCAACAAGGUGUAACAGGGUCAGUGGGGAUACCUGGUCCCCCCGGUAUCCCAGGAUUCGAUGGCACACCUGGUCAGAAAGGAGACACCGGUCCUAGUGGCCCCCCAGGCCCCAGAGGUUUUCCUGGCCCGCCUGGCCCAGAAGGUGUGCCAGGGCCAAUGGGUCAACCAGGCGCUCCCUCCGUAGCUCAUGGCUUCCUCGUGACACGGCACAGUCAGACCACGGAAGAGCCCCAGUGUCCGUCGGGAACAAGAGUCAUGUACUUUGGGUAUUCCUUGCUUUAUGUGCAAGGGAACGAACGUGCACACGGCCAGGACUUGGGCACCGCCGGCAGCUGUCUGCGUAAAUUCAGCACAAUGCCUUUCCUUUUCUGUAACAUUAACAACGUUUGCAAUUUUGCCUCCCGGAAUGAUUACUCCUACUGGCUCUCUACCCCUGAGCCGAUGCCCAUGAGCAUGGCUCCCGUGACGGGGGAAAGCAUCCAGCCUUUCAUCAGCAGAUGCACUGUGUGCGAAGCUCCAGCAAUGGUGAUGGCAGUUCACAGCCAGACGGUCCAAAUCCCCCCCUGUCCAGACGGCUGGAGAUCUCUCUGGAUCGGCUACUCCUUUGUGAUGCAUACAAGCGCUGGGGCAGAGGGCUCGGGGCAAGCCCUGGCAUCUCCUGGCUCUUGCUUGGAAGAGUUCCGCAGUGCGCCGUUCAUCGAAUGCCACGGCAGAGGCACCUGCAACUAUUACGCAAACGCUUACAGCUUCUGGCUCGCCACAGUUGAGAGGAAUGAAAUGUUCAAAAAACCAACUCCUUCCACUCUGAAAGCAGGGGAGCUCCGCUCCAACAUUAGCCGCUGCCAAGUUUGUAUGAGGAGAACAUAAGGACUUUCCAGUCGUAGCUAAUGUCACAAUAUGGUGCUAUUCCUUUAACAGCGGUGAAGCUUAGGCAUAUAUCCUAUGGACUUCACUCUUGUUUCCCAAUAUAAAAACCGUCAAGUGCCUUACAGGAAACUGUCUAAUCAAACCUCUGCUUUCUUGGCCCUUUUCUUGCUGAAGAGGAAGAAGAUACAACGAAGAUAAGCUUCAGAUGGCACUUUUGAAGAAAUGCUGGGGUGGAUCCAACUU